CAUUAGCUCGACCAGGCCACCCAAGGGAGAGAAGAAGAGCUUCCAAACUCACCUCCAUUGCUGCAAAUUCGAGCUCAAGCUCUAGUGGUCCAAGGAGGAGGAUUUAAGAAGGCAAAAGUUAGGAAAAGUGUGAAUAAUUAAGGCACUUGUAAAGGGUAUUUCAAGUGAUUUCACAAAGUUGGAAAAGUCGCCGGAAUUGUCGCCGGAGUUGACCAAAAGUCACCGGAGUUUCACCGGAGUUCAACCAAGAAGGGUAGAACUUCUUAACGCUAGUUCAAGGUUGCAGCUAGGGCUUGCUACCUGCACCUUUCUACGGGUGACAUCAAGUCAAGGAAGACGUGAAAUGGAGGGCAGGCGAAUGCGGACCAGGAACAAUCCGAGGGGGCAGGCGCCGGUGACAUCCCAAAGGGGAAGCCGGGCUGCAUCUCGGGGUUCAAGAGGAGGCCGUGGAGGCCGUGGAAGCCGUGGAGGUCAUCAAGCUCAAACUGUGAGUGAUGGCCAUGUAAGCUCGGUGUAUGAAACCAACACCGAGGACUAUGACUCAACCUACGUUCCGGAAACGGAGCAUGAGGAGACCCCGUAUGAUGGGGGUGACACAUACACCGAUGAUGACGACGAAGAGAGUGAUGCCAAGUUCGCUCAAAUGGGCGAGUUGCUUGAGUGGUAUCAAAAAGAAAAGCUGAGGAGAGACCUUAGGCGCCAAGCAAGGCGUGGCUCUCGUGGUGGUUCGGGUCAAGGGAGUCGGGGAGCUUCCGUGGCCACCCCAGCGGCGCCACAAGGUGGGCAUGAAGGAGGUUUUGUGGUAAGAAUCUCCAAAUACCUCAAGGAGGCUAGGGCCUUGGGGUGUAGGUCCUUCGACGGCACCGGCG